GUUGUCAUCCACUCAUUGCAUAUGGCGGCCAGGCGGGUGAUGGUUCGUCAUUCCUUUCCCACUUUUGGGGGUGUCAGUUGGGCCACUUGUAUACAUCCCUUUCCUUCACUACGGAGUGCAUAAAGAAUCAUCACUAUGUUCAACAUAGCCAACAAUUUCUACCUCUGGAAGUCGAAGAAAACAACUGUGAAGUCAUGGUUUUAGUCUGACAAGAAGAGAGCCCUGCAGUUGUGUUAUUGUUCAGACGGAGAUAUUCUUGGUGCUUAAACUCUCAAAGGAAAGGAAAGGAAGUACCAGAGUGAGGAGACUGAUGAAGAAUUGAUCUGCAUGUUUACAGGAAAUAAAAGAACAAGAAGUUGUAAGCAAACAGUUAUUUGCAAGAAGAGAAUAUAAAUUAAUAAUUGAGCCUCAGCUAUGAGUUAUGCAGAUUUGUUUCACUGUCUAAAUGAUUUAUGUAAACUAGGAUCACAAGGCUGGAUGUCAUUGGAGAGAGUCGAAUCAGUUGUGAAGAAGAUAAAAGAAUAUCUAUGGUUGUGGCAAGAAGAUACUACAUCAUGUAAGACUGCUGAUGCCUCUGCUGUUGUGCGAGAUGAUGAGUGUGGUCCAAGAAGAAGAAUUCGUACAACAGUGAAACAACUGAUGUUAUGCAUUGAUUUGACUUCUAGAUCUGAUAUCAGAGUAGAAUGUGGAUGCAUUGCAGCUGCGAUCCUGCAGGAAAUUCAAAAUCAGUUGCAGAUGGCAUCUUGUGAGUCCGUACCAAAUGUGGUGAUGAAAGAUAAUGGAGCUGGCAAAAAGGGGCGACAUAAAAAUCCAUUUCCUUCAGCACCUCCCAGUCUCAUCAGUGUGCAACAGACCAAGGUGGCUGAGGAUGCCUCCCGGGUCAUAAUAUAUACAGUAGUCCUGGGUUGCCUGGAUGCAGAAGCCUCUGUGUAUGUCAAAAUGAUGCUUGCCAAGACAAAGUUUGUACUGGGCUCAAGCUUGACAGUUGUUUCCCGUAGUUGCUGCCACAAUCUUCUAACUUCCAUUAUGAAAAUUCUGUUACCUGUUAUGAAGCACGAGUCACUGGGAGUUGGCCUCAGGCGAUCUCUCUUCCCCGAGAUUUUGAGUGCUGUACUGGAGCUUUGUUUUUGUCCUGCAGAAGUUAAGAGCUUUCCAGAUGAUACUGCUUUCUUCAGGGAGCAACUUGAAACUCUCAUGACCACUAUGAACACUAGCCUAAUUCUGCAACAUCUGCUUUUAUUGUUGGGUAUAGUCAAGGGUGACAUGUGGCUAGGGAAGGUAUGCAGAUCGCUUUUAUUACGCAGGUUCUUGAUGAAGCCAGGGGGUGUUGGUGCAGUGGUGAGUGCUGGUCUUGCUAUCAGUGACAAGCAGGAUUGGCAGCUCCACGACGCAAUUGCUGUUCUCAUUGCCCAGUGUAAAAUUAGGGAUGUAGAUCUCUUUUUUACUACAUUGGGGCCUCAGUUGUUGGAAUUGAUUGAGCAGGACAGUGUUCAGCCAGAUAUAUUUCGUGUAGUGGUACUAAUUGUGGCAAAACUAGCUGAGAGAUCUGCGACACUGACAGCCAUCCAUAUCAUCAACCCAUUGCUGCAGCCACUAUUAAACACCACUCUUCCAGAUGCACCAUGUUUGUGUAAAAACUCAAACCUCACAGCUGGUGUCAGUAGAAUUUACAAGAUAUUUGUGGAGAUCCCUUCUUCAAGCACAGUUUUCACUAAUCUUCUUCGUCCUGUCCUUAACCCAUUGGUAAUGAUUGCUGCAUUGGCCACCACUUACCUUCGUACACUGGCACGACAGAUUAUCCUUCGGUAUUUCUCAUCACUGCCAAAGGAGAAUGUUGUCGAGGGUCUUCUUGUACUCUCCGGUCUGAAAAUUUGUGCCGAGUCUCCACCUGUAAACCCAGCCAUAAAAUUUUCUGUCGAUGAUGAUGGUGGUGUUAAAAUCAAUGUUCUUGUAGAAUCUCUCCAUAACAAUAAUUUGGAAGAUGAAAAUAUAUGCACUUGCCUUAUUUCUAUUUUGGCGUCGCUAAAACAUUCUGAAAUCGUGUUGUUGUUUUAUGAAAAGUUGGCAUCGUGUAUAGAUUUUACUACACUAAAUAAAAAUGAUGAAACACCAUAUAGAACUCUCAUCACAAAUGAAGAUGUAAAAGCAAGUCAGAUAAAAACAGUGAAACACAUUGUUAUAUGUUGUAAUCUUUUAACACAUUUGUCUGAGAAUGAACAGUUGACAAGUGAUCUCUUCAUGAACUUGUCUGCUGCUGUGCCAGUUAUUGACAUGCUUAUUAAUGUAGGCUGCCAGAAGUGUGAGGAGGAGCACUUGCAAGACAUACAAAUUUCACUUAUUAUUAAUGUUUUGAUGUUAGUUUCAUGCUAUGUGAGUGAUCGUACAUUAAGAAAGAAAAUGACAAGUGAAGACUGGAGAGGUUUAAAAUCUAUCUUACCAUCCUUAGAAAAAAUAGAGCAAAAUAGAAGAACUGAAACUGUUCUUAUGUUUGUUGAACAAUUGAGAAGUCUUGUUUUAACUCAUGGGGCUGUUAACAGUUAUCCUGGAAAUAUAGGAAGUGCUAAGAAUUCCAGAAAUGUAUCAAGUGACAAUGUUAAGAAGCAUUUUGAUAGCUCUGCAUCACACAACACAGUAGUAAAUAGCCAGAAUAUGAAAAUAAAUAAAGACUCUGGUAUUAAUACUGAUUCAAAGGCAAAUAAUGCAGAUACUUUUUUAAAUUUACAAGUUAAUUAUGGCAAUGAAAUUGAUCAAGAAAUAAAUAUGAACUGUGCUGGGAAAGAGAGCUCAUAUAAAGAGACUAUGAAUGACUUGUUCAGCCCAUUGCUUCCAGUACGUGGACAUGCUCUGUUGGCUCUGGCCAAGCUGGUUGAGAAGCGAGAUGAGGAAACAUUGUCUCACAAAGACCAACUCCUCUUAAUAUUCCAACAUAACUUGAAAGAAGAAGACUCUUAUUUGUAUUUGAUGGCUAUUGAGGGCUUAGCAGUGAUGUGUGAUGCUUUCCCAGAUAAGGUAGUAAAAAUGCUCACGCAAGAAUUCAGCCUUGGUAAUCGUUGUGUGGAAGACCGCGCAAAGUUAGCAGAAGUGCUGACUAGAGCUACAAGACGCCUGGGAACAUUGCUUCCACACUACAAAGACUUUUUUAUUAAUUCCCUCCUUAAUGGCAUUAGAGAUGAAGAAGGCAUUGUGCGAGCUGCAAGUCUUUCAGGACUGGGUGAUGUCUGCAAGUUACUACAUUUUAGUCUAGGACCUGUUGUCCAUGAGAUUUUUGGAUUAUUGUAUAAUAUUGUCAAGAACGAUACUUCUGUCGAGGUCCGGCGUGCAGCAGUAUUGGUUGUGACGCUCCUUCUUCAGGGCUUGGGACAUGAUGCCUUUACAGUAUUGCAGGUGGUGAUACGAGACUUGUACAGAACCCUCCGGCUCAUCCACGUCACAGAUCCAGACGACGUGGUGAGGCUACACGCACAACUUGCUAUAGCAGAAAUUGAUACUAUCACAAGAGAGUUCUUGCUCCCAAAACUCAACUUCACUAAAAGAAUAUAUGUGACUGAUAUACCACCUAGUGCAUACUGAGAAAUACUUGCCCAUCAAAUACUAAUAAUUGAGAGAUCUAAUCCACUAAUCCAAGAAUGUAAGCAGCGAUUCAUCAUGUAUUGAACAGGUGUGGGUGGCCUCCAUUGCUCAUGAGUUGUCAUGUUUAUAUCAUAAGUGUUCACACAAUUUUUUGCACAUAUGAUACCUGAACCAUCCAGAAAUAAAUAUUAUAUUAUAUCAAUAAAA